AUGUCUACGAGUGGACAGCGUGGUCUGUCAGCAAGGCACCCAUGGCUUGCGUCGCCGCUGUAUGCAUUUGAUAUCCCUGCGGAGCUUGUAUCUUCCCUAACCCUACGGCAAAAUGAAGAAGAUGUUUCACAGUCGCAACAAUCAUCGUCAUCAUCAUCAUCAGCAAUUCCAACACUGUCCAUUGCUUCGUCUGGAUCUACACCGUCCGCCCUACCAACGCCGCCACGGUUGGGCGCACCUGCAUGCACCAUGUGUCCUGGCUGCGGCACAUUUACGAACGUGCAGCAACAGCGCUCGCACUUUCGCAGUUUGUGGCACCGAUAUAACCUCGUUGUUCGUCAGCACAACUUGCGCGCACCUGGUGGAAAGCAGGCUCCGUUGGUUUCGCGUGAAGAGCUCGAUCAGAUGUGUGCGUCGCUUGAUCUCGAUGCCGAAGACCAGGACAUACGCGAUGACGCGGAUACGACUGACGAGCUUACAGCCCUGAUUCGACGCCUGGAUCUGUCAGAUAGCGGAUCAAGGGACUCAAAGGAUAGCGAUGAGCAUGUGGAUGCUGCUGCUCUGACAGCUCAUGUCAUGUCCGAUGCAUUGCGCUCGCCCAUGUGGUGGUAUGAAACCGCGCCGAAUGCGCCAACGCAGCUCGAGCAAACACAACUGGGGAUUUAUCGAGAUGUGUUGCUAGCUGCUGCGCCAUCUGGAGAGUCAGCGCCACCUUCGAGGUUCCUUUCAGCGCUGACAACGCCGCGGCUUGACAUACGCCCAGGCACAUGUGGAUGGUCAGGCAAGCAUGUGCAAGGCACACAACAUGUGGGUCGGUCCAUGCAGAUGCAUGUAUUGGAUGGCACAGGUCUUGUGCCAUGGCUUUCGAAGAGUCAGGCUCAAGAUCAGGCUGAAGAAGAAGGCGACGAGGAGGAUGAUGAGGACGAGGAGGCGACCGACUCUGAUACCAUGUCGUCCAUGUCAACGGCGUCCUCUGAACUACUCUCUGAUUCUGCGCCGGUGCAGUCACAGCCACAGCCAUCGCUUGACAAACUGCCCCCGCUGCGGCUCUGGACAUUUAUCAUGAUGGGCGGUGGUCAUUUCGCUGUAGCCACCAUUGCGCUCAACUUGCACGUCUUACCGCUGUCGGAACGAGCAAAAGCACGCGGCUCGAAGCCGCAGCGCUCGGUCAUUGUGCUUGCUCACAAGACAUUCCAUCGAUACACGACCCGAAGAAAACAGGGUGGCUCUCAGGCUGCGCAGGACUCGACCGGCCGGCAUGCUAAGAGCGCCGGAGCGAAUCUCCGUCGCUAUGGUGAGGCACAACUCACGCACGAUAUCCAUCAGCUGCUGAACCGGCGUGCUUGGCGCGACCUGAUCGCUCGGUCUGAACACGUAUGGGUGCGAGCUUCUAUGCGCUCGGCCCAUGGCGUUCUUUGGCACUGGCCAGGCCAUGCGCCGAGUCCAUUAGACGAGAAGCAGGCGCUUGGCGCAUUGUCCCACAUCCCUAUCGCGACGCAGCGACCCACCAUGUCGGAGAUCCUCCGCUGCUUUUUCGAGCUAACACGCAUCAAAGUCGCACAUCUGACGCCGGAGGAGCUUGCUGCUCAGGACGAUGCUCAUCGAGAAGCUGUGGCACGUGCGUUGCGUGCGAGCGAUGCCCAGCAGCACGCACGUCCGCGCAUGCGUACACGUGAGCAAGAGGGGGCGAGCCAUGCACAGAAGAAGGACGAAAAGAAGGAGUCGCGUGUGCGUGAGCGCUGGGAACGUCUCGUGACGAUGGUGCGCCGUGGCAAGAUCGAUGCACUCACCAACUUUCUCACUCGGCACCAGGAGCUGCUGGAGUCUGCACGCUGCAGCUCGCUGACGGGCGCCGCUGGUGACAGGGGCGACGGCAGUGAUGGCAACCAUGGCGCUGCUGGAUCUUUCGCAUAUGUGCAAGCCAAACUCAUCGAUGCGCCACUGCCUUCUUGGUGGCGUGAGAGCGAGGCUCGCUCGUCGCGCACCAUUGUUCCUACGACUCUGCUGCAGCUCGCUGCCGCCGCUGACCAGCCUGACAUGGUGCAUUACUUGCUCGUGGAGCAGCGUGCAGAUCCGACGUUGCCUGUGCUUCCUCUUCGUCCUGAAAGUAUGUCGUCAUCGUCCUCGUCAUCCUCUGCUUUUGCACAUCGCACAGCAUACGACCUUUGUGGCGGCAAAGCCAGCCGCACUGUCUUUCGUCGUGUGAUGGCAGAGCAGCCUGACUGGUAUGCUUGGGACGAGAUGGGUGUCGGUGGUGCUCGUGUGCCGUCGGCUCUGACCGCUGAGAUGCAAGAGGCUCAGUCGUCAAAAGCUCGCACUCGUCGGGCCGCCAUGCGGGAGAAGAUGCGCGAGCGUGAAUCGAAAGCAGAGAAGCAGGAAGCCCUUGCGGAAGCUCCGGCACCCGAACCUGCUGCACCAGCUCCGACAUCCACUCUGGGCCACCUCUGGCAGCGGCUUGGCGGCAGCUCGGCCUCGCCAUCCGUGCCGAUGGACGAUGCAUCGCUUUCGGAUGAGAUGCGCCGACGCAUUGAGCGUGAAAAACGCGCACGUGCCGCUGAGGCUCGUAUGCAGAAGCUGAAGUAG